AUGCGCAUUAACAUCAUUGUUGUAUUAUUGUUGGUUACACUUUUUAGUUUGGUUUCCCUAACAAGCGGGAUUUCAUGUAACAACCCAGAACGAUAUAGUGGCAGAAAUGUUUGUGAUCAUUCUGGUGACUAUUGUGGUGAAUGUGUAAGCUUUGUUAAAAAAUGUACUGGUGAUCGCCGCGCAACAAGUCAAUGGAGACAAGGAAAAAGAGUUCGUACUACACGUGUUCCAUAUGGUGCAGCUAUCGCUACAUUUCCCAAUGGUAAGUAUUCAGGUCAUGCUGCUAUCUAUAUUAGCCAGGACAGCGUUGGUAUUCAAGUUUGGGAUCAAUGGCGUGGUCAUACUGUUUCAAAAAGAACGAUUCGUUGGAAUGGCACUGGACUUUCAAAUAAUGGGGAUAGUUUUUAUGUCAUUAACUAA